AUAACAAAGGAAAUGGUGUUGGGAAAUGUUAAAGUUAGAAAUGCCAUUGUAAAUCUUGGGAAUAAAUUCAUUCAAUCUAUAAAAGAAGAUUGUGGUGGUAAUGUGACAUUGAAUUUACCAACUGUUAAAGGAAAUAAUAUUAUAGUUAUCAAAGGACCUGAAGAUGAUGUUAAAAAUGUUAUUACACAAAUUCAGACAAUGGUUGAUGAAGUUCAUAAAUAUGUGUUUGAUUUGAAAGUAAAUCCGAAGUUUCACAAAUAUUUAAUUGGAACAAAUGGAGUCAAUGUUAAAAAGAUCAGAUAUUUAACAAAUACAAGAAUAAUUUUCCCUCCUGAAACUGAUUCCACUAAUGAAAAUAUAACUAUUGUUGGUAAAAAAGAGAAUGUUAAUAUAGCAAAAGCAAAACUUGAAGUUAUGAUAGCCGAUAUUAGUAAUGUCAUCAAAGAACGUGUAGAAAUCGAUGAAAAGAAUCAUGGCACUUUAGUGGUCAAUCAAAAAGAAUGUUUAAACAAAUUGGAAAAAGAAUGUGGCGAUGUUAAAAUUGAAUUUCCUAAUCUUGGUGCUGGAGAUAGAGUUGUGAUCAGUGAUAGGAAAGCAGAUGUUGCUUUUUCUAAACAAAGACUUUUAGACCAUGCUAAAGUUUUGGAAAAUACUAUUCGAGCUGUAGUAAAUGUUGAUCCAAAGUAUCAUAAUUACUUUGUUGCAAGACGUGGUGAAAUUAUCAAUCGAAUUAUUAAUGAUUGCAAUGGAGUGUCUAUAACAUUUCCGAAAAUAGCUUCUAGUAAUAGUGCUGUCAUCAUAAAAGGUGACAAAAUAAAUGUUGAAGAGGCGAAACGUAAGAUUGAAGAAAUUGUUAAAGACUUGAAAAACGUAAUUGAAGUCACUAUGAAAGUUCCUCCAAAAUAUCAUUAUCAUUUUGUUGCCUACCAUGCUGAAGUAAUAAACCAGAUAUGUGGAAAAUAUAAUGGAGUUACUGUUACAUUUCCACAAGUUAAUUCCAAUAUUAGUAAAGUUUUGAUUAAAGGCCAUAAGGAUUAUGUUGAGAAAGUCAAAAAUGAAAUCGAUAAUAUUAUUAUUGACUUGCGGCGUAGCAGUGGUGCAGUAGGUGCGACGCACCGAGGCUUUCGUGAUUUGAGGCCCGCAGUUCAAAAGAAAACUGAUAUGAAUAAAAAUAGAAGCUUGCGUUAA